UUAGUAAUAUACUAGAUUAAAAUAAUAAAAUCGGUGUCUCGUUUCACGUUGUCAGUAAGAUUAGUAUUCUUCGAGUGUUCGUGAUAACGCUAUGAGAGGAAAAAAUAAAUAAAAUUCGCAAUAUGAAUAAAAAUCAGGAAAAUGGUGGCGUAGAAAUAGUUGUAGAAGAUAAAGAUAAAGAAAAUGGCACUGUUUCCGGAAAAGCUAUAGACCUAGACGAUGUGUUGACUAAUGAAGUAGGCGAGUUUGGCUUGUUCCAGUUCAGGAAUGUUCUCCUGCUCGCUGUACUCAUAUUAACUUUUGGAACAUUGCAAGAAUAUAUAUUUUCAACGGCGGCAACUCCUCACAGAUGUCGUAUUCCUGAAUGCGGUGAAUAUGAAAAAAUGCAUGACAUUAAGCCUGAGUGGAUAAAAAAUGCGGUUCCAGAGAUUAGUACAGGGCUAGCCAGCUGUGAAAAAUAUGCGUCUACUGGGCUGCAAGUAAAUGGGACAUUAGACUACUGCCCUGCCAAUUUUUUUGAUCAGUCCAUUACGAUUCCUUGUAACGAUUUUGUGUACGCCAAGGAUAAUACAGUAAUAUAUGAGUUUAACCUUGGAUGUAAAGAGUGGUUAAGAGUGUUGGCGGGAACAUUGUUCAACGUUGGGAUGCUGUUUGCAAUGGUCAUUACUGGUAUCGUCUCUGACCACUUUGGCCGAAAAGUAGCCUUGGUUUUCAAUAUCCUUAACUUGGGUAUAUUUGGUCUAAUGCGAGCUUUCUCCGUGAACUACACCAUGUACCUGAUACUUCAAAUUGUACAGAGUACUCUUGGCACUGGGGUUUAUAGUACCGCAUAUAUUAUGGCUGCUGAGCUCGUUGGUCCAAAGUAUCGUAUUAUUGUGGGAGUUACUUGUACAGCAAUGUUUGCGACAGGAGAGGCAGUGCUGGGCGCUGUUGCGUGGGCUAUUUCACCUUGGCGUUAUAUGAUCAUAGCAUUAACAAUCCCAUGGUUCUUAUACAUCUCAUACUACUGGAUAAUCUCAGAAAGUGUAAGAUGGCUUUUAUCGAAGAAAAAAUACUCUGAGGCUAAACAAAUAUUAUUAACUGUGGCGAAGGUGAAUAAAAAAGAAAUCAGUGAAAAAUCUUUAGAAGCUCUCGUGAGCGCACCACCACAGUUACAUGCAGCGGCUAAUACCAACAAUCCUGGCUUAGUCCGUACUGUCAUACGUUCACCUGUUUUGCUCAGAAGAGUGUGCACGACACCUGUCUGGUGGAUCGGUAUGACCUUCGUCUACUACGGAAUGUCCAUCAACUCCACCAGUCUCUCUGACACCAUGCACUUGAAUUAUAUUUUGAUGGCUAUCAUCGGGGUUCCUGCCUUUUACGUAUCUGCUUUUGUAUUGGCCAGAAUCGGUAGAAGAGCUACUAUUUCUGGAAGUUUCAUUUUAAGCUCCAUUUGCUGCAUUUCUUUUGUAUUUAUAUCUAAUGAUUUACCGAUUCUUCGUCUAGUUAUUUACCUAAUCGGGAAGUUCUUUAUCUCGCUGGUGGGGUCGUCACUGUACCUCUACACGUGCGAGCUGUACCCCACGGAGUACCGGCACACCUUGCUCGGCUUCUCCUCCAUGCUCGGCCGCGUGGGGUCCAUUCUAGCGCCCUUGACCCCUGCUCUUAUGACAUAUUACCACGGCCUUCCGUCGUUGCUGUUCGGAGGCAUGGCCGCCAUCGCUGGUCUGCUGGCGCUCACUCAGCCGGAGACGCUGGGCUGCAAGCUGCCCGACACCUUGGAGGAGGCAGAAGCCAUCGGAACGCCAAGCUCCAAAAUAACAUCUAGUUGAUUAAACUUUAAAACCAUUUAUAAUAGUUUUUUUU